ACGAAGUGCUCGAAAUUUGAAAAAUCCUGAAAAUGUAGCAAAAUUUCAUUCUAAAAUUUUUUGUUGUUGAAUAAAAAUUGAUAAUUAAAGAUAUGCCUGAACUAACAUAAUAUAUGUGAAAAUAAAAUAAUCUGUGAUUUUUUAAUUCUGAUAGAAGUGUACUUUCUUUGACUAUUUAUUGCGUCAAACGUUGUUUGUGAAUUUGAGUUUCUGAUAUAAAUAUGCUGGACUAUAUGCUAGUGUUUGACUGCUAAUCUAUUUCUAAUCCAUUGUAUAAUGAACGUGAAUAAUUAUUUUACAAUGUUCAGAAGAGCGGUAUUAAAAUCAACAAAUGUUACAAGAACCUAUGUGUGUAAAACGCGUGCUUUAAGCUCUAAAACUAAUCAAUCUGAGUCUUUUAGUGGUGAGAGUGAAAAUAAACAAACGCACUUUGGUUUUGAAACUGUUGAUGAAAAGGAGAAAUGGAAAAAAGUUCACGAGGUGUUUGAAAAUGUGGCUGACAAAUAUGACCUGAUGAAUGAUGUCAUGUCGUUUGGAGUGCAUCGCCUGUGGAAAGACAUUUUUAUCCAACGAUUGGCGCCCACACAUGGCACGAAUCUGCUCGACAUGGCUGGAGGCACAGGCGACAUUACAUUCAGGUAUAUAAACUACCUGAGGAACAGCGGCGAUGCGGCCGGCCGCCGCAGCAGCGUCACCGUCUGCGAUAUUAACCAAGCCAUGCUGGACGUUGGCCAGCUCAGAGCACAGAAACAAGGCAACACCAAGGACAGCACGGUGGACAUAGAGUGGGUGUGCGGGGACGCGGAGAGCCUCUCGCUGCCCGAUGACUCGUACACCGCCUACACCAUCGCAUUCGGCAUCAGGAACUGCACGCAUGUUGACAAGGUGACCUUGGACGAAGCGUACCGGGUGCUGGCGCCCGGUGGCCGCUUCAUGUGCCUGGAGUUUAGUCACAUACCCAACGACGCGGUACAAUGGGUCUACGACCAGUUGUUCCAGCUGAUCCCAGUGCUGGGCCAGCUGAUAGCCGGCCAGUGGAAACCCUACCAGUAUUUGGUCGAGAGCAUCAGGCAGUUCCCGAAUCAGGAAAAAUUCAAGACUAUGAUCGAGGACGCCGGAUUCAGACAAGUCACCUAUGAGAAUCUUACGUUCGGCACCUGCGCUAUCCACUCAGGGUUUAAAUUAUAGAUGAUAUUUAUUUACGUUUGUAGUGUUGGAUUGUUGUAAAGGCGGGUGCAGACAGUGCAACAACUUGCAAGGCAAGAGAAAAAAUAUUAAAUAUUGUCGCUUGGCAAGUUCAAACGCUUAGCGAGUCGCAUUGUCUGUACGCACCUUAAGAUUAUAAGGUAAAAUAAAAAUGUACAGGUACGUUUUAAAGAAUUUUUAUUAAAUCCAUCAAACUG